AUGCCCAUAAUAUUUUUAUCAUCGCCAAGCCACACCAGUCACAUCAGCCACACCAGCCACACCAGCCACAUCAGCCACAUCAUUCACAUCAGCCACAUCAUUCACAUCAGCCACAUCAGCCACAUCAUUCACAUCAGCCACAUCAGCCACUACAACUACAUCAACUAUAUCAACAACAACAACAACAGCAACCUUAAUAACAACACCAACAAAAUCAUUAAAAGACAUGCAUCAAAUACGGCAUCAACAGUGCUGAACAACAUUAAAAAGAAAUUAUCGAAAAACAUCUUCAUCAUUAAUCAUCAGUUAAUGGUGAUGAUAAAGAUUUGUGAUGACGAAGAAGAUGAUGGUGAACAUGGUGAUGAUGAAGAUAAUGACAAUGAUGAUAACGAUUAA